UAAUCUGAUUAUGAAUUGAAAAACAUUUAUGAAAAAUAAAUUCAUUCAAACUAUUAUGUUAAAUGGUAGUGCCAACUUUUUUAACUGUAAAGAAAAUCGUUAUAAGAGUGUGAAAUUUCGUUAUUAUUCACCUCUACGGGACUCAAAAUGAGUUCGCUAUAACCGUAAAUUCGUAAUAUCCGAAUUCGUUAUAACCGUACAUUUUGCUAAGAUUAGUUAAUAAUUUUACCGGAGAUUCAAAAACACUUCGCUAUAUCCGAGAAUUAGCUAUAUCCGUGUUCGUACUAAACGAGUUUUACUGUAUAAAUGUUUAAUUAUAAACUAAAACUGAAAGGAAAAUAUUUCAAUCAUGUGGGGUUUUCUUGCAAUGUAAUAUUACUUAUCUAACAACGCUGACUCCUUGCGUGUAAAAUGGUUAUUAUGUAUUUGAUAGGAGUCGUUUGGUUAACGAGACGAUGUUACUGUUAUGAAAAUCUCAGCAGAAGACCAUCAACAACGGUCACUCAAAGUUCGACUUUAAAAGAUAGACGUGCUCACUUGAUAAAUGAUGGUGACUAUUCCACUGUCUUUUGGUCGUGUGCACAUACUGGAUAUAACUAUUCCAGGGCGUGGGCACAGGUAGAUCUUGGAGAAUCGUACAGGAUAAACAGCGUAAAAAUCUAUUACAGGAUUGAAGAUGAAUGGAAGCCUAAACGAUUCCGUCACUUUUACCUGGACGUAUCCGACCUACCAGUAACCCAGACAACCACCAGAGAGAGAACCCGCUGUUACAGUGACCACACAAAUUACCCCGACUUCCCUCCAAAUAUAAUAGAAAUUGUAUGUAGGUACACGGCCAGAUACGUCAUUGUGGAGACUAUAUACGACGCUCCAGAUGAUACGCACGACGGCGCUAUUCUUGAGAUCUGUGAAAUAGAAGUGUAUGGGUGCAGCACAACUUGUGCAAGUAAUGCCUGCGAUAACAGUGGAGUCUGCACUCGUGGAUGUAAAAUUGGAUUCGUGGGAUCCAGAUGCGAAACUCCAUGUCAUGUGAAAUUACAAGAGUUACAGGAUUCAAACUCGAGAUAUGAGUACGCUCUUGCAGGAGUGGUGUUGGUCCUCUUAAUAGUUCUCGCCUACAACGGGUGGUUGCUGAGAAAAAAAUAUUGUAAAUAACAACAUGUAACACAAAAAUAUAACACCAAUGGUUUCUUCAAACAACUUGAUUGCAUGAAAGUUGGUUGCUGAGAAUACUGGAGGAAACAGUGAACUGGGUCAAAACGACAUUUUGAUAUGAACAUUUUCAAGGAAAAACAAUAAUCAUUACAU